UGGAAAGAAGACCACAACAGCACAAAAUAACCGCGCCGUUAACAUCGCUGUUGGUUCUCGGCGCUGUUGGUGGUGCCUGCUUGCCUCCUUCCAGCUCUCCUCGCUUGACUUGCUUGCGUUUACUGGCGUGUUAACACCAAGGGGCACCAUGGGUGUGCCGGCGCGGCUGGUGUGGGGUGACGUCCACUUCCACGGGCUUGUGCUUCAUGCUGGUGCAGCCGACGCGCCACAAGCCUCUGCGGCGCCCACGCCAACGACCAGAGCCAGUGAACGUGGUUCUGCGUCGCGACAUGGUGAGGUGGUGGCGCCCUCCAAGUCACAGGCGGUGGCUUUGCCGUCUUCCAGGGACCCGCCACCUUCCCGGUGCUCAGCAUCCGUCCUCUCAUCGUCACUGGCAGCAUCGACAGCAACAGCUGCGCCUGCGUCGCAGCUUGGCUCGUUUGCUCCAAAGCUGUCACGGAUGCCUUCGGUGACACGAUUGCGACGCACGCGCGAUCCGCUCUUGGGGCUCACCCGGGCCUCGUUCAUCUGUGAAGGCAUCAUCACGCUUCACAGGUGGCAGCUUUCCUCCGUCGGCGCUCACUCGGGCACGAUCACCGUUCCAGGCCCACAAACAACGGAGCGUCACAGUAUCGCCAUGUCCACAUCUUCUUCGGGCGGCACUCACGUCGAAUCAGGCGCAAGCGAGCUUCCGCCAGAAGCGCCACCAGAGACGCAAGCGCUCAUGCAAUGGCUUGCCCAGUCUAGAUCCAUCAUGCUCGUGCAUUGCCCACAUGUGUCGAAGCGCUUCUGGGUACACGCCCCUUAUGCCAACGCGUCCAACACCCUCUUCAAUCUCCUGGAAUACAAGCCGUGUUCGUUCUUGACGCAGGUGGUGAUGGAGAUGGAGAUGUGCAAAAGUGCAAAUCGACCAUGGCAGCCAGACGCAGUGCACCUCGCCGCUGCCGUGGAUAUAUGUGCAGCCGUUCCAGAGGCAAGCAGUAGCGACAGAGACAGCGACAACAACUGCAACAAUGAUGACAGUAACGACAACAACAGCAACAGCAAUGAAGACCACACCAACGACAGAGACAACAGCAGCAGACAGGGCAGUGGUGGUGCGAAGAUGAAAAGCAGUAAGAGACACGCAAAGGCAACAGCACUCCGAACAAGGGGUGCUGCUGCCACAACACCAUCAUCACCAUCAUCACCACCAUCACCAUCACCAUCAUCACCACCAUCAUCACCAUCAUCGUCACCACCUCUGCCAUCACCACGGGUACGCAAGAAAGCUGUGCAAACGCUGGAGCAUAAGUUGCGCUCGCUCGAAGCCACCGCAAAUACACACACGCAGCAGAUGCUGCAGCGGCGCGACAUGCUGGAUGACAUCUUCAACGACGGGGAUGAGGACGUGCCCUCGAAGAACACUGCAAAGGCCGUGUUCCCAUGGCUCUCGCUCAUGCCAGAGUGGCAGAACCUGCACCUCAGCCCGCCAAAACCGCGCACGUGUGCAACCACGCCCGUCAACCCACAGUCGGAGCUGGCGAAUCUUGAUCUGCUGCACGGCAAGAGCCUGUCCCUCACCUCCCCGUCGUCGCUGCGGGUGGCCACACGCACGCGCAUGCACACGCGUGUCAUGAACAGCAGGCACAGCGCCAGUAGCAGCCGCACCAGCAGCAGCAGCAGCAACAUUAACAUGGGGGUUGGCCACGCCACCCGCUCACGCACGCGCUCACGCACACGUCCGCAGUGGCGCGCGCAGCGCGUGCCGGUUGUGACGUCACCAUCCCCAGAGCAGGGCGCCAAAGGAAGGGUUGGGCACGUUGUUGAACGCGUGCAUAAUGCACUUGCAGACCUGCUGCGCGCGCCGCCGGCACCAGUCCCGCCACCAAACCUGGACUUGAUGGCGCAGUGCGACGACGACAACGACGACGAUGACGACGACGACGAUGAUGGUAAUGUUGAUGGUGAUGGCGCCACCACGGCGAAGACGAGGGCGGCGGUGAGCGGUGGUGAUGGUGGGAGACCGGCACAGCGUGGCGGUGCGCAAAGGGAGACCGGCAGUUGCCCAUCGCAAGGAGGUGUGGGGCGAGAGGGACAGCAGGGCAGCGUUGGUGGUGGAAGAAAUGACGGUCGUAAGAGAUCGCGCACACGGGUGCUGUCGUUGCAUGAUGGGCCAACAAGUCCGCUUGGACCGGAUGAAAUGUCCAGUAUUGAAGCCUGCAGGCAAAGCUUUCUUUCGCAGCACGUGCUGCCGCAGUCCACGCACAACAUCACGCGUCUGCUGAACAGGUCGUGCAACAGCGCAAGUGCCAUCCAGUUGCGACAGCUGAGCUCAAAGUCCGACCGCAGUUCGCCGUCAACAACACACGCGUCAUCGCCAGCGUCGGCAGAUGCACCGACAGCUGCCACCUCCACCUCCACCGCUGCCGCUGUUGUGCAGUCGUUGCGGUCAUCAAUGUCACCGCCAUCAUCGUCGUCCACGCACUCACCACGCACCACAGGGACACGCACGCGUCUGGCUCGUGGUGGUAGCGGUGGCGGCGUUGGCGAUGGUGACGGCAGCUUUGAUCAGAGACGGAAGCGCAGGUCACGGCGACACGGUGGGGAUGUGGCGAGCAAGCGGGCGAAUGUGGUGACGCCUGGAGAUGGCUCCACAACGGCGCUGCUGUUGAGUCCAGCAAGCACCAGUCCGCACGACAGCCCGGCCCCGCUUCGCCGCCAUCAGCCAUCCACGCGUCCACGAAACGGCGGCGGCGGUGCGCGUGGCGUCACAGGGGCCAGGGGCAGCACCCGUCGAUACGACGCGGGCGUCCUUGAUGACAGCGGCGUGAGCGGCGCACCUGGUGAGGGUGACGGUGAUGGUGGCGAUGGUGGCGAUGGUGGUGGCGGUGUUGCAGAUGUGUCGCCGCGUCGACGAAUGCGUCGGGCACGGAGAGCGCGGCCACAGGCGGAGGUGGACGUGCAAUCCAUCUGGGAGAGCAACAAGCCAAGGCUCUGGGCUGUCAUAAAGAAACGGUUGAAUGCAACGGAUGCCCAGCGCAACGCUGUUCGCACGACAUUGUACAAGUGGUGUUAUGAUGGGGCGAUUGCGUGGAUAACGAAGCACCAGCGUGCGCCUGCGACGGAAGACUUUGAGCAGCUCGUGCAGACGCAAAUUGACAUGGUCUGCCACAUGGCAGCUUACUUCCAGCGCUGCGAUGGCAACAGCAAUUCCAAUGGCUCGAUAUGAAUGAUUGUGUGUGUGUGUGUGUAAGUGCG